GAGGUGGAAGAAGAGGAGGAGGAGGAGGAGGAAGAAGAGGAGGAGGAGGAGGAAGAAAAGGAGGAAGAAGAGGAGGAGGAGGAGGAGGAAGAGGAGGAGGAGGAAGAAGAGGAGGAACAAGAGGAGGAGGAGGAGGAGGAAGAGGAGGAAGAAGAGGAGGAAGAAGAAGAGGAGGAGGAGGAGGAAGAAGAGGAGGAAGAAGAGGAGGAAGAAGAGGAGGAGGAGGAGGAAGAAAAGGAGGAGGAAGAGGAGGAGGAGGAGGAGGAAGAGAAGGAGGAGGAAGAAGAGGAGGAGGAGGAGGGAGAAGAGGAGGAAGAAGAAGAGGAGGAGGACAAGGAAGAGGAGGAGGAGGAAGAAAAGGAGGAGGAGGAGGAAGAGAAGGAGGAGGAAGAAGAGGAGGAGGAAGAGGAGGAAGAAGAAGAGGAGGAGGACAAGGAAGAGGAGGAGGAGGAAGAAAAGGAGGAAGAAGAGGAGGAGGAGGAGGAAGAGAAAGAGAAGGAGGAGGAGGAGGAAGAAAAGGAGGAAGAAGAAGAGGAGGAGGAGGAGGAAGAGGAUGAGGAGGAGGAAGAGGAGGAAGAGGAGGAGGAGGAAGAAGAGGAGAAAGAAGAAGAGGAGGAGGAGGAGGAGGAAGAA